AUGGCGGUGUCACGGAAUCUAACACUGGGCAUCGCUGCUGCCUUGGCGUAUCUUAGCUUAGUAGCCGGCCAGUCCGGGACGUACAAUCCCUGCACGGAGCCCAAUGUCGUGAAUAAGGGGGAUGGAUUCGUCGUCGGUCUGGCGUACUGGCCGGCGGGCACCAUCGUCAACUGGGGCCCAGCUGUCAACGCCUCAGGCGCACCCGGCCUGAACCCCUGCAUCACAGGAAUGCAGUGGGAGGGCGGCACCUUGAACUACCUGUCGUAUCUGAGCAACCAAGGCGUGACCUUCAGCACCUUUAUGGUCACCGUGGACACGCUUGCCGCGCUGCGCACGACCAAGGCGGAGGAGGACGCGAUCUGGGGCCCCAUCCUGGGCGUGCAGCAGACGGAGGUGCUCAGCGUGAUCGCCUUCCGGGGCCAGAAUCGGUCGGAUGCCAAGUACAUCCGCAGCAACAUGGCGGCGCUGACCGGCGGGACGGGGAUUGUGGAGCAGAUGUCGCUCUUCAUCGGAUUCAACCGCGGCGUGUUUGCCGGAUUCUCUUGGUGGGACUUUGGCCAGUGCACCGCUUGCGGCGGGCUGGUGAGCGACCAGUGCAUCCGCACGUCACUCAGCGACAGCUACCAGCUGACCGCCCAGGCAUCAUGUGCUGCCCCGCUGAGCAGCUGCACAUGCCGCGGGCUGUCCUGCUCCACCAGCACCUGCUCCACUACCAUCAUCGCGGCAUUCCAGGGGUCUGACGCCUCUGGCCGCACCUUCACUUCGGCCUUCAAGAUCCAGGCGCUGAACAAGUACUCCAUCUCCGACUUCUUCUCGCAGCUCAUGGACAAGCUGUCCGGCAUCCUGCCCGGCAUCUCUACGACCACCGUCAGCUCAUCGGGCAGCUCCAUCAGCAUCUCGGGCAGCGAGGAGGCCAUGGUGGCACGACUGUCGAGCAUCGACCCCGCCGACCGCCUCGUGGCUACUCGUGCGCUGAAGAACGAGUCCAUCGUCAACCCGAGGCGCAAGCUGACCCUGCUGCGGGCGGGGGCGGUGCCCGCCCUGCUUUCCCAGCUCGUGCAGGGGCCCUCCCCCAAGCAAGCGACGCAGAGCCUGUCCGCCCUGGCCAGCCUCCUGCUCGUCCAGCAGGGCUGUGCCUGCCUGGUCGAGGAGGGCGGCACCGACGUCCUUCUCAUGGCACUCUGCAGCCAGGACGCGGGGGUGGCAGCAGCCUCUGCAUCCGCCCUCCGAGCCCUGUGCGUGCACGCCCCCCUCCGUGACCUCCCCCCGGCCUGCUGCUCGGCACUGUGCCGCCUGGUGGCGCAGGCUGGGGCGGACUCUGUGGCCCCCGCCCACGUCAUGGCCGCCGCGCUGGCGGGGCUGGCAGCGGGCGACCCGGAGGCCGCGCGGCAGCUGGCGGCCGCGAAGCCCGCGGUGGAUGCGCUGGCCCUGGCGGCGCGGAACGGGGCCGAGAGCUUGCGCUGCUGCGUGCUGUCCACGCUGGUCGCCCUGCUUGACUGCAAGGAGCCUCUGGGCUGCGAGCGCGCGCUCCUCCUCCUCCUGGGCACGGAUGCCUCGCUGCUGGCCGCCGCCGUGGACGCCGGCGCGGUGGCGCGGCUGGCGGGCAAGGUCGCGCGCUGCGAUUGCCCCCCGCAGCACCUGCCCGACGCCCUGCGCCUGCUGAGCGAGCUGUGCUCGGAUGAGGAGGCCCAGCGUCGUGUGGUGGAGGAGGCGGGGGCCCUGCCCCGCAUCGCGGCCUCCCUUGCCCCGGACAGGGAGCAGGAAGAGCGAGCAGCAGCCGUGCACCUGGUCCGGGUCCUGUCCCGCAGCACCAAGCUCCUCAGGGGGGGCUUGGGCCCGCUGGACCUGGCCCAGCCCCUGCUGGCGCUGACGCGCGAUGGCGGCGACGCCGCGGCCGCCGCGGCCGCCGCGCUGUCCAACGCGGUGGCGGAGCCCGGCCCGGCGCGCGAGGCGGUGCUGCGCGCUGGCGGGCUGCAGCGCUUCGUGGGCAUGACGGGAGAGCCCGCGCUGCGCGCGUUGGGCUUCUGGGCGCUGAGCAGCCUGGCCUCGCGCGCCGGGGACGAGCUGAAGCGCUCCCUCAUGGCCGCGCUGCCCUGGUCGGCGGUGCGCGACGGCGUUGCCUCGGGCGACGCCGGCGCUGCGGCCAAGGCCUGGCUGCUGCUGCGCAACCUGGCGCACGCCAGCGGCGCCACGCUGGACGACGCGCGGCGCUGGAGCGGCGGCGAGCUGCUGGGCCUGCUGCGCCGCGGCGCGCGUGACGUCGGCCACGGCGCCUGCCCCGCCGCGCGCCUGCACGCGCUGUACGCGGCGGUGAACCUGGCGGCGGGCCCCCGCGCGCACAAGGAGCUGCUGCUGGCCGAGGGCUGGGCCUACCUGCUGGUGGGCGUGGUGGGCGAGCGCGGCGCCGCCUGCGCCGACGCGCACCGCGAGGCCGCCAUCUGGGCGCUCAUCAACCUGGCCUGGGGCGGAGAGGACGACGGCGGCGCGGCGGACCGCGCCGCGCGCAUCCGCACCACGGGCGCCGAGGGCGCGCUGCGCGGCCUGCCCCCGGGCACGGGGCAGGCGGUGCUGGAGCGCGCACGCCAGGCCCUGGACAAGCUGAAGCUGGAGCCGCUGCUGGGCCGGCGCGGGCCCAGCGAUAGCCUGGCCUGGGAGGCCAUGGCGGACAUGGAGGAUGAGUAG